UUACUUGUGUGUGAUUAUUCUUCUACGUGGUCAAGAAAUUUACGUGAGCGAAGAAAAGCAACUUUGUCACUUGCUAGACGGUUACUAUAUCCUUUCUGACGUUUUUUAAGUUUUUUGGCUGUAUAGUAAAGUUGCAUAAAAAGUAGUAAAUCUUCGUAUUACUGGUGGCAAACAUCUAGAAAAAGUUUCUCUGGUUCAGCCGAAAUCAGCUGGAUACAGAACUGCUUCAUCCGGCUUCAUAGCUGUCGGCCCGGCCAGUACAGAUUGACGAGCGUGAAAGAGAGGACGAAAAUUGUAAAAGUAUGAAUUCAAUGACGCAUAGUGGAAGUAGAUUAACUAAUAGAAGGAUAUGAUUAGAAGUUAUCAAAUACGAAUAAAGUAGUCUUUGGUCUCGGAAAUGUUGAUUCAGAAAAACGUCGAAAGUCCGGAGAGAGACAGCAAAUCGCCAUUGAGCCUUCCCACGAUUAAUUCGUUUGUCAUCCGUCCGUUAAUUGUUGUGUCGUCGUCACAAGGCUCUGAAGGCACCAUCUGUUCUAAUCUGUGUUCGAAAUAUAGACCAUGCAAAUAUGGAUCUGUCAAUUUUUGUCGUAAUCCUUGUCGGGACCCUGCUUUCUUUACUAGGACUCCACUUUUUUCUGCUGAAGCCGUUAUCCGGCAAGUCUUUCGAAGAGAUGUUAAAAGAGAAACGUGAAAUGCGUGAGAAGAUUCUGGGCACCGGUGGUGCUAAUCUAAAGUCAUCCAAAGACAACGCAAAUAAAAAGGCAAAGAAAGCUAACAAAAAACCUCAACAACAGAAACAGAAAGUCUCCGCUGUUAUAAAAGAAUCUGAUCAGGACUCAGGAGAAAUAGAGAGCGACACUAAUUCUUCCGAGAGCCCACUGGAAGAGGAGAUUAAUCCGUUAACCUACGCAAAAAAGAAAGUAAAUUCUGGAGUGGAAUAUGCCGAAACAGAAAGCUUUCCGCUGAACGAAGGACAAAGCAAGAAGAAAGAAAAUAAACCAGUGCAAGGAAAAAAGAAUAAGCAAAAGGGAGGCAUUUUGAUCAACAAAACUGAACCAGUGCUUGUUAAGCCGGAACCUGCCCCGGAAAUCAACCACUUCGAAGUGACUCAUCCCAAAGAUGCUGUUGAAAUUGCUCGUCAGCAUGUGACUGUUUCGCAGAAAGAGGAAGCGAUAAAAACAAAAUCUCAAUCAAAGGAACAACGCAAAAAUAAGGUUAAGGAUCAAAAUAAGCCCAUUCCGAAAACUAGCGCUGUAGAAGAAAUACCCGUUGUUCCAGUCGUAGCGCCAGUAAUCGUUGCUGAAGUUCCCAAGGUCGAGACUAAGCCUUCGGCUCAAGUGGGCAACAAGGAGAAAUCGAAUAAAAAAAAGAAAAAUGAACUGAUCACUCAGCAACUUGCUGCCGAAGUUCAAGAUGCUGCCAACGUGCAAUCGUUGGUUCGUAUUUUGGCAAAGGCAGAUCUCCCCCGUAAUGACAUUCAGAUACUUAUUGAUUUUCUGCUGAACAAACAGCAGGAUACGUUAACCAAGGACCCAUCUGAAUGGAACGAUCCGUCCGAUCCAUUGCAGAAGCUCAAGAAACAACUGCAAGAGAAAGAAAACCAAUUGCAGGAAGAACAAAAAGGAUCUGCUGGGUUACACGCCAAACUAAAGGAGCUGCGCCAAGAGUUGAACAGUGACAAGGUGCAGCACAGUUCCCUCAUUAAAAGCUACAACGAGGAAUUGCAUGCUAAACGUAUAGAGCAACAAAAUCUUCAGCAGCAGUUACAAAUAUUGUCCGAAAAGUUUACUGCAGAGAAGCAAUCACUCUCACAUCAAUAUCAGCAACUGCAUGCCAAAUUCAUUCAACUUUCAAAGGAACAUACAGCUGCACAAGAGAAUGUGGCUACUAUCUCUCAGCUGAAUGAAAACCAACAGAUCCUGCAGCGUGAGUUAAUGACGAAAGGUCAAUUGUUGAAUGAAAAGCUGCAAAUCGAAGAGGAACUGGUGAAGAAAAAUGCGGAAUAUGAAAUGCUGCUUCGCAGUAAAGAUGAGAUGAUACAGCAACGUGUGCAAGAUAUCGGUGCAUACGAGAAUGAACUGCAACAGCUGCGUGUAGUUGCCAACCAAAAGGAUGAAUUAGCCAAGCAACAGAGCUACGAAUUGGAGCAGCUCAAGGCUCAGGUUGAUGAACUGCAAGCUAAGCAAAAGCAAGCAGCUGCGGCAGUUGUUACAGCGGCCGCUGUGAAAACGCAAGUGGAAGAAAACAGCAAAGUGGAAAUCCGCAAUCUCCAGAAUGCCUUAGAUUCGAGCAACACGGAACUUACCGUGUGCCGUACCGACCUUGCCGACAGCAAAAAUAAACUGAUCGACCAGGAACAGCAGACAGCGGCAUUGCGUUCUCGCAUGGAUGAGCUGCAGCAGGAAAUUGAGGAGCAAAAAGCGAGGAACAAUGAUUUGCGCAUGAAGAACUGGAAGCUGAUAGAAGCACUACAAGUAGCUCAAAAUAACACCAUCAAAUCAAGCACUAACACAAUAUCCAGUAGUAAAGUUGAAUUGAAGGCAUCCAGCCAAAACUCGUCGAAUCAUGUAGACGAACCGGUAGCACAACCCGCACCGGUUGUCGAUGUCGAUAAAAUCAUCCUGGAAGAGCAAGGAAGGACCAAAGAUCUGCUGAUCAAAUUGCUUCCUACAGAGAUUGUCUCGACACUGCCACUAGAUGCAACCAACUUCCAUAGUUGGUUGGAGGCCACUGUUACCUGCAUACGCGAACAGCAGGAGAGCCUUCGUGUUUCGAACGCCAGUAGCGAUAGUAACAGUACCGGUACACAGGUGCAUUUGAACUGCAAUAACAACACAAGUAGGAGUAGUAAUAGUACUAACAAUAACAAUAGUAGUUUAUAUGAAAAUGAUGAUGCCCAUGACGGGAAGACCGAGGGCAGUAGCAGUAGUAAAAACGGUGCACCAACGGUAUAUCCUGUCGAGGAUCCACAGGCUUUGGCUGCAAAAAAUGAACAGUUGCAGAAGACGAUAGAACAGUAUAAGCUGAUCAUCGCUGAAACUGAAAUCAUGUUGAAAAAUCUGGAAUCGAAAGCAAGCGGAAGAGGCGUUGGUGCGAACGAUGGAUGAAGAACUGAUUCUGCUCAAGUCGGCUGGUGCAUUAAAGUAGUAUAAUUCGCAGUACUGAUGGCUGGCCAACCUGAAUAGAGAACAGUAUGCAGGGUGGUUGAUACGACACAGUAGCGAUACAGUUGAACAGAACAUCAUUAAGAUUAUUGACACGAGAGGAAAUUCAUAGUUAUGUAGUCAGCGUGACCUGUAAAGCGGCAUGAACAAAUUCACCGGAAACAUCAAUAGUGAAAAUCGUUUACUGCUAGAGUUGUGUUCCAGAAUAAAAUCUGUCCUUUUGGGGAAACUCUAUUGUAAUUCCAUUCUCAUCUCUUGAUUGUUUUUGUCGCGAAUAUUAUAAAAAAAACAAAUCUGACGUUUUAAAGAUUCCUCUCUACCUAACCGAGCUAUCUGUUUAGUGUUGCCGAAUUACGAUCACUUUCCCUGUUGGCAAGAUACACUCCACUUAGUCUCGUUUUUAUUAUUAUUCGUAAUAAAAAUUAAGUGAUUUACGGAAACGAAAGAGUUUUCGACGGAUAGCACGAGCAACCGUUAUUGUAAAUUCACGAUGUCAGAUAAAGGAUACGAUUUAAGAACAACCCAACUGACGAAAACACCAAAGUAAGUUUAUUUGACUCACUACUGUAUACAUUCUUUGUUAAAACUCUAUCCCAGGUUUCUUAUCAAAAAUAUGAAAUGUGAUUAUUUUGUUUGAACAGAUGUCGAUUUUAUUUUCCGUUAUUUUUUUCGUAGUUGGGUAUUUCUUGCACUGAGCUUCUCAAACGUAGCGAACUCGAAAGAUGGAAUUUAUUAUAAUGACUAUAAUCAAUAUUGAUUUGCAUUUUGUUUAGCUGCCGUUGAAAACUAGAUAUCGUUUCCUCAAAUAAACAUUAUUUAUCAAUAUUACGUUUUUGUUCAGAGAUUGAAGUUCAAGAAUUCCUCCACUAAGCAGCGCAUAUGAAUGCAACCCAAAUACUCUUUUGAGGAAUGAUACAUUAAAAAAAAAUUCUCUACACAAAAGUCUGCUAUCCCAGAGAGGCAUGUCAUGCUAAGACCAGUGGAAGCAAACCGGAAUGAAAAUGAUACAAAAAAAAACUAUCGUGACUCUCAAUAAACAACCAAAUCUUACUAGAUACCAAUCUAUUUUCUAUUCUAGAAGUUAUCAGUAUCAUUUUAAAAGCGUUGUUAUAAGAGUAAUGUAAAUUUGAGUAUCUAUUCCUUAGAAUCUUCUUUAGAUGCCGCCUGACCCAGUUUAAUAUCAUUCGUUAGACCAGCAACAUUAGAUUCCUAUUAGAUUUAUCCAGUACGAAGCAAAACUCAGAAUCAUGCAAUCAAUCUCCUUGUUUUUCGAAUUCAUAUCACGGAAUCAAUAGAAAUGUCAAAGAAGUUCCACUAACUAAAAGCCACCCUAUUAAUCAUAUGUUGUAAGAAACUGUUAGUCUUAGUUGUGUAUUAUUCUUAAAUCUAUGUUUAUAGAGAUUCGCUUCCGUUAUAUAUCUACGCGUUUCUUAUUUAAUUCCAGAAACUUGGUUAAACGCAUAAAUGAAAUAGAUAAUGUGCCCUACUUACACCGUCACUUAUGUCAGUAAAUAAUAUGAUAGUAAACAGAUACGUUCAACACAGUGGCUCAGGUGACUGGACAUGUGAAAUGAAUGAGUAGACAGUGUAAAAAGGGCUCAGUGCUGCAAGAAACCGCUUUUUUAAAAGCCAGUCUGAUGAAAACAUAAAGCAAAUAAACUUUACUAAAAGACACGUGAACAUUAUUUUUAUACAUAAAAAUGAAAACAUAGAGUUUAAAAAAACAAGAACUAGAUAUACACAUAUAUACUUUAUGAUGUAGAAAAAAUACUGAAUUACAGCGAAAAAAAAACAACGCGCAAAGCAAAGCUGAGCAUGGAAAAAUAGAAAUAAAGUCCGAAGCUUCCGUUAUAAAAAGAGACAAUGCAAAUGGACUCCGAUUUUUUUUAAAUAUUACUAAUAAAACAAGCAAACAGUAAAGAAUCGAUUAAAGAAGCUGAUUAGCAAUAUCCGUGAAUGAAAACAAAAAAAUCUAUUUAACGGAAUACGAAUAAAUGAAUUCUAACACAAA